AUGCUUUCACAUGCAAUAUCCGUGGCUGAUGUUCACCCUGGUGAUCAUUUGUAUCGAUGGCGAAAUCUAAAAUUAUUUCAAGGAAUAGCUGUUCAACCUAAUCAUGAUAGCUUGGAAAUAUUUGUUGUCACAUUAAAUGAUUUAAAUAAUUUUCAUGUGGCACCCAUAAAGUUGUUUAAAGGCAAUGGAAUUCUCAGACGAGUACUCUACAAUCAAGGUGACAGUUAUCUACAUUGGAUUAAAUUACCCGGGACUAGUUAUGUUGAAAAACGAAGGCCAACAGAAGAAAUUGUUCAAAAUGCACUGCUUCUUGUUGAUACAAAGAAUAGAAAUUGUGAGUUAAUUGAAAACCUCUUUGGGAAAGGUUUUGAUGGUUUUGCUAAGUUAUGCUCAACGAUUGAUCAUGAUCAUUGGCGCCAUAUUUUGUUAGGCGGUGAUUACAAUUCAUCUUCAAUUAGUAACUGUAAAAAUGUAUUUCAUGCCAUGUCAAUUACGCCGAUGAACAGGAUCGAAUCAAUUGACGAUGAAAACUAUUGUGUUAUAUGCAUGGAAAGAAAAAACGACGUUGCAUUUCUUUGUGGACAUCUCGCAUGUUCUCAAUGCGCUACAACACUGAUUGACUGCCAUAUUUGUCGAAAAAAUAUCCGUCAAAAAAUAAAACUGUUCUGGUCUUGA